UCCAGCAUCCAGAUCAAGUCGAGCUCGCAACCACCUCUGCUCGUCCGCCUCCCGCCUUGUCCAGAGCCUCCACCCGCCCGUUCUCUCCUUUUACCGCAAUGGCUGACGCGUCCUUCCUGGUGUCGCCGCUGGCGUUCGCAGACGCCUUCCCGCUCGCCCGCUCUGCUUCCGCCGAAUCAGCCUCGUCGACCUCGUCCUUCGCCUCCAGCGCUCCCACCUCCUUCUUCGCCCUCCACGACGAGCCUCUGCAGCAGCUCCCGCCCUCCUCCCCCACAACCCUCAUCUACUCCUCCCCCACCCACCAGUCCACCCCACGGCGGCACUCCGCCAUGGACGAGGCGCCCUUCUCGCCCUGCGCGCGCCCGCUGCCCUCGACCGCCUCGUCCUCGUCCUCGGCCGCGACCGUCUCCUCCACCUCGUCCUCCCAGAGCACGGCCUCGUCCGCCCAGCGGCCCCCGCGGCGACGCACCCUCACCCACGCAGAGAAACACAUGAUCUGGAAGCACUCGCGCGACCACCCAAACGACUCGCAGAAGAAAAUCGGCAAGGUCUUUGGCGUCGAGCGCUCGACCGUCUCCAAGAUCUGCAAGGCAAUGAACAAGUCCAUGUCCGUCGACUCCUCGCGCUACCUCUCCGCCAGCGACCGCUCCCGCUCCGCCCGUCUACCCUCGGCCGCGCCCUCGUCCGCGGUCUCGGUCAUCGACCAGGUCUCGCAGCAGCCGCGCGUGACUCCGCCCACGGCCGCCUACUACGGCGCCAUGAACCUGGUCGGCAGCAGCAGCAGCAACAGCAGCGGCGCGUCCGCCGACGCCCGCCGCUUCCGCCACAUCGAGUACGCGCUCGCCGACUGGGUGCGCAACCACGCCUCGCUCUACGCGGGCGUGCCCAAGGACGAGGAGCUUGCUAACCAGGCGCUGCGGAUCUCUGCGGCGUUUGCGUCGGCGGGCAAUCUCGGCCAGCUUGCGUCGGACGCGGCCUCAUUCGAGCCUGACGCGGCGUGGAUUCACCACUUCAAGAUGAACAAUGCCGCCUGCUUCUUUUCUCCUUCUCCUUCGCCUAUGCCUGCUCUUCCUUCCUCUGCUGCUGAUGACCGGACAAUGCACACCCGGGCGCGGGCUCGCGCUUACACCACCGCCGUCGCAAACAGCAGUAGUAACAGCAGCAGUAGCAGCCGGCCGAGCAGUAGCUCGCAAGUGUCUGCGAUGUUUGACCAGCAGCGCUCGUCUGCCGAGCUCUCAUACGAAGAGUCCAAGCUCGACGACGAGGACGAGGAGGACAACUACCAGCUGCAGCCCGUGUUCCACAUCGACCUGCCGUCCAACUCGCAGCCGUCAACCACCCUGCUUGACGAGCAGUUCUACAGCAUCCACGACACCCCCGGCGGCAGCUUCACACAGGACGUGUCCGAUCUUUCUCUUCAGUACACUGCCUACUCGACGUCGGUCAACUCGACCUCGUACUCGCCCCAGUCGUCGCCGGAGCUGCUCACCCCUGUCUCGGGCUCGUUUCCUACGCUCGAGCUCCAGGCCGGUCUGAUCCACGACCAGUCGUGCUCGUCAAACGGCUGCAGCUGCUACAAUGGCCAGGACAUGUCUAUGCUCGGAAUCGUCGACUCGGCGCUGUACCCGCACAACCUCGGUGCGGUCGAGUACUUUGGCGUGGAUGAUAUCUACCGCGGACUUUAAAUGCUGUGCCUCUGAUUCCAAUUGUUGUUAAAUAUUUUUUUCUCUUCACACUGCGCGAUGUCUUUUGUAUAGUAAUA